CAUCUCUAGCGAAGCAAAUAGCUCGCUCGGGAAAGACGGUGCAAAAAUGGCGGCAACAACUCUAUCUUCAUCUUCUUCUCUGUCGAGUCAUCUCCUCCACCAACUUCGCUGGUCGCAACCGCCGUCACCGCCGAUUCCUUCUCCUCUCCUGUGUCUAUUUCUUAAUCCACAGUUUGCCCCAGCCUCCACAGCCAAGCUGAACGCACUUUCGCUACCUCCGUCGCCCUCGAAAUCCGCUGUCCGAUUCCGAGCCCUACUUUCCAACCCACCCUCCUUCUCUUCCGUUCCUUCUGGCCUCGCCUCCUCUCGUCUUCUCUCCUCGUCAGCGUCCAUUGCGGCAUCCACCCAAACACCUUCUCUGCAUUCGGAGGCCUCGAUCGAUGCUGUUCCUCAGGGGCAGAUCCUCGGCGAAGACGACGCCCACGACGGAGGCGAGGGCAUCGAGAUCCUAGAAGAAGAAGAGAAAGAAGAAGUGCCAGAACCGGCCAAUCGACAGCCAAGGACGGCCGGGAAAGUGCCUGAUCUGAGUGUGAAGGAGAAGAAAGAGCUUGCGUCGUACGCGCACAGCCUGGGGAAGAAGCUCAAGUGUCAGUUGGUGGGCAAGUCGGGGGUUACCGAUAAUGUGGCGGCGUCGUUUAUCGAGACGCUUGAAGCCAACGAGCUUCUCAAGAUCAAAAUACACAGGACUUGUCCUGGUGAGCUAGAUGAAGUUGUGAAGCAGCUGGAGUUGGUCACCGGAUCAGUUGUUGUUGGUCAGAUUGGUCGGACCAUAAUCAUAUACAGGCCCAGCAUUACCAAAAUGAAGGCGGAGGAGAAGAAGAAGCAGGCUCGCAGGGUGUUUGUUAGAAAAGGAGCUUACCCCAAUCCGUUGCUCUCGAAGAAAGGCCAACCGUCAAGACUUGUGGGACGUGGUCGUCGCAGCAGCAGCCGGGUUUAAUAUCCAGCUCAUCGUUAGGUCUAAUUAUCCCUCUUGAACAUCUAAGCAAUCGCAUCGUCCUUUGCUCCAUCACUUAAUUCUGUGAUGGCAGGUUCUCUGAUAGGGAAAUGAAGUUUCACACAACAUGCAUCUUGGAGUGCCAUCUGGAUUGUGGGAGCGCCUGUUUUGAUGCAAGACCAAACAUUCAACAGUGCGGUCAUUAAUUGGGAUUACGGGGAAGUAAACGAGAUUAUAUCAUGCUGUUUGCCGUUGUAGUAUUCUGAUCAGCUUCGAGUUAUGAAACUGCUGCUAAUCUGAGAUGCCAAUGUGCACAUAGCGCCAUUGCCUUCAAUCAUUUCCUAUUUUGCGUCUUCUUUUCUCCCAGAUGGAGAGUACUAGUACGAAAUUAUUAUCAAUGUGAAGCUAUGCAAUGAUUUUGGCCAGAAUUCGCUGGUUCUGCAAUUA